AUGGCAUCAUUUGCGGGCACUACCCAGAAGUGCACAGCUUGUGACAAGAAAGUGUAUUGGGUGGAACAGCUAACUGCUGACAACAAGGUGUACCACAAAUCUUGCUUCAGAUGUCACCACUGCAAGGGCACCCUCAAGCUUGGUAAUUAUUGUUCCUUUGAGGGUGUCCUAUACUGUAAGCCCCAUUUUGAUCAACUGUUUAAGAUGACUGGCAGCUUGGACAAAAGUUUUGAAGGUAUUCCAAGAAUUGCCAGAGUUGAAAGAUCUGCUGAUCAGGUCCAAACCAACAAGGUUUCAAGGUUGUUUUCUGGAACUCAGGAAAAGUGUGUUGGUUGCAAGAAAACAGUGUACCCAAUUGAAAAGGUGGGUGUUGAUGGGAAAUGUUACCACAAGUCUUGUUUCAGAUGCACCCAUGGAGGUUGUGUAAUCAGCCCAUCAAAUUAUGUUGCCCAUGAACAUCGUCUUUAUUGCAGACACCACCAUACUCAGCUCUUUAAGCAAAAGGGCAACUUCAGUCAAUUAGUCAACCAUGAAAAUCUCCAACUCAUCUCUGAAAGCACCACACAACAUCCAAGUAAUGGUAGCACAAGUCCAGCUCAUAAAUCUUCUUAA